CAGCAGUGGCAGCAGUGGCAGCAGUGCGUAGGCCUCGGGGAUGGGGAGUGGAGUCCAGGAACAACGGGCAUCACUCACGCAGGGAGAAGUGCUGCCGCUGGCUUCCUCCAGUCAGUCAGAAGUAAGCAAUGAGGGCCUGAAGCACACCCGGCCUGUCCUCAACUCACUCUUCUCUGGGGCUUUAGCAGGGGCUUUGGCUAAGACAGCUGUCGCCCCAUUGGACAGGACUAAAAUCAUCUUCCAAGUGUCUUCAGCAAGAUUCUCCGCCAAGGAGGCCUACAGGUUGAUCUACCGCACCUACCUGAAGGAUGGCUUCUUCAGUCUUUGGAGGGGGAACUCUGCCACCAUGGUGCGAGUCAUCCCAUACGCUGCCAUCCAGUUCUGCGCACACGAGCAGUACAAGAGGCUGUUGGGAGGCUACUAUGGCUUUCAGGGGAAAGCCCUGCCUCCAUUUCCGAGGUUACUGGCUGGGUCUAUGGCUGGUACCACGGCAGCCAUGCUGACCUAUCCUCUGGACAUGGUGCGAGCUAGGAUGGCUGUAACGCCAAAGGAAAUGUACAGCAACAUUCUGCACGUGUUUGUGCGGAUAUCCCGAGAAGAGGGCUUGAAGACAUUGUAUCGAGGCUUUAAUCCCACCAUGCUGGGUGUCAUUCCCUAUGCUGGGAUCAGCUUCUUUACAUAUGAGACACUGAAGAAAUUACAUGCAGAGCGCAGUGAGCGCCCACAUCCCUACUUAUAUGAACGUCUGGCGUUUGGGGCCUGUGCGGGACUCCUUGGCCAGUCGGCGUCUUACCCUCUGGACGUGGUACGGCGGCGUAUGCAGACCGCAGGAGUCACAGGUCAUACCUACGGCACCAUCUUUGGCACCAUGAAGGAGAUUGUGUCUGAGGAAGGGGUCAUCCGUGGACUCUACAAAGGUCUGAGCAUGAACUGGGUCAAAGGGCCCAUUGCGGUGGGGAUCAGCUUCACCACCUUCGACCUCACUCAGAUACUCCUGAGGAAGCUGCAUCAGAUGGGCCAUACGACUCGAUAAUAGCGAUACAGAGAGAGGGAAUUGGGGAAAGUGGGACGACAAGUUCCCCAUACACCCUCUGAAGAGAAAAGGAAGUGAGAGAGUGACAAGAUAUUAGUGUAUUCUCUCGCGUUUUCCUGUGUGUGGUGGGGGAUGUACAGUCCCUGUAGGCGUGAGGUGUGUUGGAUGUUACACACUGUUAACAUGUACAGCUAAGUGCAAUAUGCUCAGUGAUUUUCUGUGUGUUUGUGUACACAUAAAUCACAACGCUCCUGCCCUCGUGGACCAGGCCUGUGAGUGACUGAGAGUUUAGAGGUACACACACACACACACACACACACACACACACACACACACACACACACACACACACACACACACACACACACACACACACACACACACACACACACACACACUCUGAGGUCUCCCAACUGCCUUGUGUGUCUGCUUAAACCUGACACCUUCCAAUGCAAUGCACGUUGCCACUCGUGCAUAACUUUUUCCAGAUGCAUUUGAUUUAGUAACAGUAAGAUAUGCCCCCUUGAGAUUAGUUGUGUGCGUUUUGUUUUAAGGAAUCAUACGAAAGGUUAGGUAUGAGCUAGUUGCAGAUUAUAAUAUGUUAGUGGUGUUUGUAUAUUUAAGCAGAAACAUUCUCAGAAUACGGCUUUAGAGCAAAAAAAUCUUGCCCAGCGCAGAGGUUUUUCAGCAUUGUUACUGCCAUCAUAUGGUCAGUUUUUGUUUUGAAUAUAUAGAAAUCACUAUAAGUCCGGUAUCUUUUAAGUGGAGCUCCUAAAUAUUGAACUCGCAGAUUUGUUUUUGUAGUUCAGCUACCGUGCUGACAGCAGACACAUGAGCUAGAUUUUAUGCCAGUGCCAACAUAUAUGAAGUACAAAGAGCGCCCAUAUGAUUUAGUUUGUUUUCACUGUGAUAAUAUAAUGGGCUUUUAAAAAAUAUUUUCAAUUGUGAUAGACAGUUUUGUUGUUUGUAUUAUUAUUACAGAUAAUUAGACAGUUAGUUUUUUUUUUUUUAUAUAAAAGUAAACACCGUUUUGAUGUCCGAUCCAACUGACUGACUUUGCGGUGUCACUCACAGCUCCGCCGGCUGGUGUUUGGAUCAUUUCAGGUUUGCACUGCGUGUGUGAAAGCGACUCUAGUGAAGGCAUCAUUUGAGUUCUCUGUUACAGUACAUGUAGGUGUUCUCAGUUUUGUACUUUACCUCAGCACAAUUAAAUGUUCCUCACAUAUCAAUGUGUUAUGAGGGGUAGUGUCAAAAAUGGGACUAGGUGGGACUCAAGUUUUCAUUUGAGCGUAUGUGAGACAGUUUAACAGUAUUGAUGCAGGCUGACAGUCGUGGAAGACUGUCAAUAGUUUCUAUACUUAGGCCACACAUACCGAGGCAGGAUGGUUGAGCUGAGGGAGCAGCUGGGUGCAAAGCCAGGUGGUGCAGAACGCGGGAAAGUCUCAUUGUAUCCAGAAUAAAGCUGAACGUUUUCUCUGUGAAACGCAUGUAAGGAUACCUAUUGAAACUCAAGUUAAUUAGAAAACAACAAACUAAGAUACUCAUAAACAAGAUUGUACUAAAAAAAAAAAAAACUCUUACUAGGGUUUACUAAAUCUUUUUCGUUAUUGAUGAAUCUAAACAUUUUUGAUUCAUCAGACAGAUAAAUGUCUUAAUAUUACUUAGCAUAUGUGUUCGGACCAGCAGACAAACAACCCAAUUAUUCACUGCUGUAGAUGAGCAACUUUUUGCAUUUGUGAAUUCUCCAAUCAGCAAAUGUUUAGUGUUUUCACUAUUUCAAACGAUUAACCGAUUAUCAAAUUGGAAUUGAUAAAAACUUUUGUCCAUUAGCUCACCAAUUUUACAAGUGAUUAUUUCUCUUCUAGGACUUUGUAUCAUUUUUAAUUUGUUGAUGCUAAUGCAGUUAGUUUUGGCACCAACACCACAAUAAUACUUAUUUUUAUAUAUAGUAUAUCUAUAUUUAUGUUACUUUAAGGAAUAAGGACCUCUUUUCAGCAAACUUCUUUUCAUUUAACAAGAGGCCAACCUUCUCAUGUCAAAUAUGUCUAUAAGCAUAAUAAAAAAACUUUGCCUGAAUAAAAUAGUCUAAAACUUUUUUUCUAAAAUGUUUUGAAUUUGUAUCAGAUCAGAAAAUAAGUAAAGAAGAAGAUUUUGGUCAGACCCAUAACAGUAUUGAGACUCGUGUCUGUCCCAUUGUUCAGCCGAUCAGGAGAAUUGUAGCAGCUCUCUGGUGGCAGACCCCUAAACACACUCAGUAUUUAUUCUAGUCCGCAAACAGUGUUGAUUCAGUCGUCUUUUAAUAUCAGUGUGCUAUCUUUACCGCUUGCCUUCGCUUGUAGGUGUAAAAUAUGUGUAGCUGAGUUUUGAUUGAUGACAGCUUGAAAGCUGCACGUGUUCUGAGCUGAAACGUGCAACAGUGCUGCAUAGUAGAAAGUAUACAGUAACAGAUGUCUGACUAAUACCCCUUCCACACUGAGUGCUCAGCCAGGGUUAACCUGUGUUGACAGACUCGGCUCCGGGGCGGGACAAACUGUCAUAUGGCACAGUCGUCGCAGGUCCCUGCAUAUACACAUAUUUUGGCUCACUGUGCUUUAGAACGUAAACUUAUGAAAAUAAGUUUUAUUUCUCUCAUUCACAGGAUUCUUUCUCUCUCUCUCUCUUUCUCUCUCUCACCGCUGGCUCACACAAAUCUCUAUUUUAAAAUAAAUGAGUCUGUAAUCCCACAGCAAAGCUUUACUUCUAACGUUAUCGAACAAAGGAAAAUGUUUCCCCCCCCCUAGUUCUAAAAUGGUAAAGAAACUACCGGUAGAGUAGCCUACUUCCUUGUUUGCUUGUUUGAAUGAAAUGCAGAGGAGGGGAACUUAACUAAGAGCCUCUGUGUCCACAGAAUCGUCUGUUGAACGUUUGGUUAUUUUUUCGUGCUUUAGAAUGUAGUCGCUGUAAAACAAUCGUACAAUACGUUUUUUUAUUUCUCUCGUUCUGUCUCUCUCUCUCUCUCUCUCUCUCUCUCUCGGCUCCUCUGAGUGAACAGCGCAAAAAUAAUAAUAAUAUUCAUAAAUGUGUUCAUUUCCAGCACAUGAGGUAAUUGAUAUGCAUUGGGCUGUGACCCAGGUUGUAUCUGAAUUGUCAUGACCAGGGAUCAAGCCGUGGUAGAUAACCCUGGGCAUCGGUGUGAAAGAGGUACAAAGGGUAGCUACUUAAGUGCCUAGCAAAGAAAUGGUAAAGUUUUUAUAUAUCACUGAGCUACUUCUACUAACCUUUUUUGAAAGUUGCUUCCAUUUUCUAGCCUUUGCUUCGGUCUUGAAGUUAUACAAAGUACAAAUAUUUGAGGGGCCGCAGAUUGUUUGAAGUCUGGGGAUUGUUCGACCUCUGUGACCGAAUGUAUCACUUCAGGUCCAGUUUUUGUAUGUGAAUUUUGUCCAACUUAUAAAACCGCCUUGCAGUGUUUUGCUGUCUAGGGUGAGAUGCAUGAUCCUUGGCUCCCUAGCAGACUCAACCAGUCCAUUCCAACCAGGCUAGGAUAAACUCAAAAGUACAUUUAAUGGUUAGGCCUAUUUGUAACCUGAUUUCAAUUAGAAGAGCAGUAUGAUGCGAUCAUCUCCCUAUUGAUCUACCCAUUGAUCAAAGGAGGCAAGUAAAUACAUGAUCAAAUACACUAUGAUAGGGAGAGUAGACAACAAGCUCGGAAAACCCCUAGACAAUCAUGAAAUGCCAAAAAAAGCUUUAGUUUGAAGCGAAAAGUACUUCUUUGAGAAACUGACAAGUGGCUUAUGAGGAACACUGAAACACUACGACAACAAAAAUGGCAAAAGAUGUGAUUUUUAUUUGCUCACAUAAAAGCAAAUGUAAUUGUUUUAACCCUAUUUGUGGGUAAUCCUACAUAGACGUGCAGACAUACGAUGCUACUGUGUUUGCAUGUCCCAACAGAAAACCUGGUAUUGUUUUUGUGCGAGUGCAGCAGUGGCUGCUUUGUUAAUCCUAGUGAUUUGUGCCAACUGAAUGUAAGCGUACCUACUAACACCACUGCGUGUCCAGUCUCUAGUAAUGGUGGUGUAUCUGUAGGAACGUUUUUUUGAAAUAUGAAACUCAAAUAAAACUGGAUGUUAACAACA